AUGGAGGCUAAGAUGGAGCCAGAAUCACUCGAUUUUGAAGACAAUGGAGACCACCAACCUUCAUCAGAAGCUUCUCCUGCUUCAGAUGCGUUAUAUGAUGACUCGCAUGUAUGUCCAUGCAUUGGAAGUGAGCACCAGGCAGAAAUCCCCAAUCUGGCUACAGAGGAUGAGUGCCGUGAGCUCAUGGCCAGUUCACAUAAUGAUUCCAUAUUGCAUGGCUAUGGUUACCCUGUUGUGGUUGGGUUAGCUUUACCAAUUACGUGGGCAUCACCAAGCGAACUCAAUAAGACGGAAGAGGUACUACAAAUGCAAAAAUGUUCAGAAUCUGGAACAAAAGGCAGCACUGGAGAUGUGCAAAGUCAGGUGGCCUCAACUUGUGCAACCAGAAAUGACACUGGCAGAUGUGAUCCAACAUUCCAGGAUCCACAUACAGUAGUGCCUUUAGUUCAAAUUAAAUCUGACAGUAAUCAAGCAUAUGAUGACAAAAUGGUCCCUUGCCCCACUCAAGAAGGACAGAAUGUCACCAAUAAUUCAAUAGUGCAGCAGAGAGAAACCAAACAAUUAAAUCCUCUGCCUUAUUCACCCAUUGCUCUUUGGAGUGAUCUUGAGGCAGAGGUAUUUCUUCUUGGGCUCUACAUUUUUGGCAAGAAUCUCAACCUGCUGAGCAGGUUUCUGGGUACAAAGACUGUUGGUGAUGUGCUUGCAUGCUACUAUGGGAAGUUCUACGGAAGAGAUGCGUACAAAAGAUGGUCAGACUGUAGAAAGGCAAAAACUAGGAAAUGCAUUCUUGGCGAACGCAUUUUUCAAGGAUGGCGACAGCAGGAACUAAUAUCACGUCUGAAAUCUAAAAUCCCUAAAGAAGCUCAUGAUUCGUUGAUUGAGGUUUUCAAAUCUUUCAGUGAUAGCCAAACAUCUUUGAAGGAAUUUGUCUUCAGUCUGAAAUCCACUGUUGGAGCAGAAACUUUUGUGGAGGCGGUUGGGGUUGGUAAAGGGAAGCACGAUUUGACUGGAUUCAUUGCGGACCAAUCUAAACCCAAUCAUGCUCUCUCUGUUCACAGUGACUUGCCUACAGGCAAAGACUGUUCUUCACUUGCUUCAGAAGAUAUAAUCAAGUUCUUAAAUGGUGAUUUCAGAAGAAGUAAGACUAGAUCAAAUGAUAUUUUCUGGGAAGCUGUAUGGCCCCGUUUGCUUGCAAAAGGGUGGCACUCAGAGCAGCCAAAGGAUGUUAGCACAACUAAGAAUUGCCUUGUAUUUCUUGUGCCGGGUAUAAAGAAGUUCUCGAGAAGUAAACUCACUAAAGGUACUCACUAUUUUGAUUCUGUCAGUGAUGUCCUUAAAAGAGUGGCAGCAGAUCCUGUUCUUCUUGAGUUGGAGGUUGAUGCGAUAAACAAUGGUUUAACUGCUGAGGAAAAUGGCAGUAUCACAGAUGUGAAACUGAACCAGGAUAGUCCGUUAGAUGGAUAUCAGGAGCUUCCUAAGUUCACAAUAAUUGAUACUAGCUUAGUCGAAGGGGAAGAGCCAUUCAAUGUACGGGAACUGAGGAACUUACCUGCAGAUGCAAAUAUUACUCUUCUCCUUUCACAACAUUCAUCUAAUAUGGUGAGUUACGGCUCCUCUGAAGAGGAAGGUGCCAAUGAUAGAUUAUCAGAUGACCAGGAAGAUUGUGGACGAGUUAAAGCUGAGGUCAAGGAAAUUGAAAUGGUUUCAGCUGGUUCACUGCAAAACAUGGUGACUGCUAAUGGCCACUCUUCUAAUGGCAAUGAUGACAAAAUCGAUCUGACAGGCAUCUAUGGCAUCAAAACAAAACCUGAAAGGCGCAAGUAUUUGUCCCCAGUGUCAAAGCGCAGAAGAUUAAAUAGCUGUAGUAAUGAACAGGCCAGCCGGCGCAGUUUUUCUUUCUCAAAAGGUGGUGGUUUGGAGAAAGAGAAAAGCAAGCCACCAUUGACUUCAUCCAAACCAGCUGCUGUUGAAGUUGGCGGCACUUUUCAGAGUAAAACAAUUGCAAGCUGUUCUACAAAGGAGAAGCCAUCUGAGCAGAAAGCAGAUGCAUUGAACUCUCUUACCGAUGAUGGGCAAAAUGAGAGAAUGGUUAUGGAGAACUUAAUUAACAAGUCAUUAGAGUGUAAGGUUGAUGCUGUGGCUGAAGUUCACUCAAAGAUCAUUGCCGAUAAGCCAAAAUUUGUCAAAGAAAGAGCUGAGGUUAUUGGUCCAAUUGACUUGAAUAAACUGGAAAUGCUACAUGAUGAUAAGGCAAGCCGAAGCAUUGACACCACAUCAUUGGAAAAUCUUGGUAGCAUGAAGGUUGAUGAAGCUCCCUCCAGUUUAGACAAGAACAUGGCCUGUGAUCCUUCAGGGGCAGCAGGAAGAUCUGUUAGCGAGGUGCCUGAUCCUGCUUUGCAGGUGAAUGCUCGGAGGCACGGAACCAGAAACAGGCCUCCCACUGCAAAAGCUUUGGAAGCUGUUGCUUUUGGACUUCUUGGGAGCGGGAAGCGGAAGGGUGAGCUGAAGAACAGGGCGACAAGCCGGCCUUCUCAGCGAGCUCGCAAAUCUGCCAAAGACUCGCUUCCCGUGUCUUCUAGUGGUGACGCAAAGACGUCAUGCAUAGAUGCAGAAGCGCAGCAAUGA